UGUUAAAAUGCCCAGAAUGUUAGCUUCAAGAAAAACCAUUUCUCCAUUUUCACCUAAAAUCGCAUAGUUCUCUCCAUCACAAAUCCAGUUUCUUUCAGGCCUUUUAUCAAACACUUGAGCUACAUUUUUUUAGAAAGGAUUUUUUUAUGCUCUUUCUAAAUUGUGUUUCGAAAUCAUGGGUCGUGUUAUGGGAAAGUGUUGUAACAGAUAUCCGUCAACCCCAGAUGAGGAUUCAGGUCACCAUAGAGGAAUAAAACCUUACAAUAGCAAACACAUCCUUACAAAGAGUUCAUUGGAGCUGGUUCAUGUUGCAUCUCACAACUUCUCUUUGCAUUACUCGAGCUUAACACAACAUGGUUAUUACCCAGACGCGGCUGAGAGGAAAAACCAAGAUAGUUUCUGCAUCAAGACACAUAUUCAAGGUAACCCGAAUGUUCAUUUCUUUGGUGUGUUUGAUGGACAUGGUGAAUACGGUGCUGAAUGUUCGAAUUUUGUUAAGGAUAGACUUGUAGAAAUAUUAUCCAGUGACCCCACAUUGUUGGACGAUCCUUUAAAAGCUUACAAUUCUGCGUUUUUAGCUACGAAUUCUGAGUUGCAUAAUAGUGAGAUAGAUGAUGUUUUGAGUGGUACCACAGCCAUAACUGUACUUGUUGUUGGGGAUAUUCUUUAUGUUGCUAAUGUGGGUGAUUCGAGGGCUGUGAUUGCUGUUAACGAUGGGGACCGUAUUGUGGCUGAGGAUUUAUCUAUGGAUCAAACACCGUUUAGGAAAGAUGAAUAUGAUCGGGUGAAACUUUAUGGGGCCCGUGUUUUGGAUAUCGAACAAGUGGAAGGCCUUAAAGACCCAAAUAUUCAACAUUGGGGCGAUGAAGAAAGUAACGAUGGUGAUCCUCCAAGGUUGUGGGUUCCGAAUGGAAUGUAUCCUGGGACUGCAUUUACAAGAAGUGUAGGAGAUAGCACAGCAGAGAAUAUCGGUGUGACUGCAGUUCCUGAGAUUUCAAUUGUUCGCCUUACACCUAGUCAUCUUUUCUUUGUUGUUGCAAGUGAUGGAGUUUUUCAGUUUCUCUCUAGCCAAACUGUUGUCAACAUGGCUGCAGAAUACAAAGAUCCCAGGGAUGCUUGUGCUGCAAUUGCUGGAGAAUCGUAUAAACUUUGGUUGGAGCGUGAAAAUCGAACUGAUGAUAUUACAAUCGUCAUUGUACAGAUCAAAGGCUUGUCUAAUUCAGGUAUUGCUGCCACAGAUGGUGACGUAAAUUACAUGCCCAGGUCAGUUGAGAGAAAUCUUGAUUUUUCCUGUGAACCAGAAACCUAUGGUUCAGUAAGACACGACUUGUCAUGUAUUCAGCAGUCCUGCUAGCAUGGUGGUUCAAUUAGUCGAAG